GCGUGCACCGAGCAGCCGAGGGAGCUCGGGCAACAGACCACCAGAUUCAAGGCAUGGCCCUCAACAGGAUCCCGCUGAGGGUGGGGGUGGUGGGCUACGGCCGCCUUGGACAGUCCCUUGUCUCCCACCUGCUGGCUCAGGGACUGGAACUGGGCCUAGAACUUGUUUUUGUCUGGAAUCGUGACUCAGGACGAAUGGCAGGGAGUGUGCCCCCUUCCCUGCAGCUCCAGAACCUUGGUGCCCUUGGGGAAAGGCAUCCUGAUCUAGUGGUGGAAGUGGCCCAUCCCAAAAUAAUUCACGAAUUUGGGGCACAAAUCCUACGCCAUGCCAAUCUCCUGGUGGGGUCCCCCUCAGCCCUGGCUGACCAGACCACAGAGCAACAGCUCCUGGAGGCCUCACACCACUGGGGCCAUGCCGUGUUUGUGGCCCGAGGAGCCCUUUGGGGCACAGAGGACAUCACCAGAUUGGAUGCAGCCGGAGGCCUUCAGAGCCUUCAUGUCACCAUGGCCACACACCCCGAUGGCUUCCGGCUUGAGGGACCUCUGGCAGCAGCCCACAGCACUGAGCCUCGCACUGUGCUCUAUGAAGGUCCUGUCCGUGGGCUCUGCCCCUUUGCCCCCCGAAACUCCAACACCAUGGCAGCCGCUGCCCUGGCUGCCCCCAGCCUGGGCUUCGACCAGGUGAUUGGGGUGCUUGUGGCAGAUCUCAGCCUCACAGACAUGCACGUGGUGGAUGUGGAGCUGAGUGGACCCCCGGGCCCCACAGGCCGAAGCUUUGCUGUGCACAUCCACAGAGAGAACCCUGCUGAACCAGGAGCUGUCACUGGCUCUGCCACUGUCACAGCCUUCUGGCACAGCCUCCUGGGCUGCUGCCAGCUCCCCUCCAGGCCGGGAAUCCAUCUCUGCUGAGAAGCCUCCUCCUGCGGAGAGGACAUCCUCCUCUGAUUUACCUCCCCACACCACUGUCCCACGCCUGCCCUGCUCUCACUUUCCCACUAUCACUCUCCCGUUCCAGUAAAGAUCAGAGGUUCUCCCACCUGCA